UAUGCUGUGCUGUACCCGAUGGUUUACCCAAUGAAGAUUACAGGCAACAGAGCAGUGGUAGCCCUCGUGUAUGUGUGGCUGCAUUCCCUUAUUGGCUGUCUCCCUCCCCUCUUCGGCUGGUCGUCGUUGGAGUUUGACCAGUUCAAGUGGAUGUGCGUGGCAGCCUGGCACAAAGAGGCUGCCUACACUGCCUUUUGGCAGAUCUGGUGCGCAUUGCUGCCUUUCGUCGUCAUGAUGAUCUGCUAUGGAUUCAUAUUCCGCGUGGCUAGGAUUAAAGCCCGCAAAAUCCACUGUGGUAGCGUGGUUAUUGUGGAGGAAGACUCACAGAGGAAUGGGAGGAAGAACUCCAGCACCUCCACGUCCUCUUCCGGCAGCCGGAGGAAUGCCUUCCAGGGAGUUGUCUACUCUGCCAACCAGUGCAAAGCUUUCAUAACCAUCUUGGUUGUCAUCGGGGCUUUUGUGAUUACCUGGGGACCUUACAUGGUAGUAAUUACAUCAGAGGCACUCUGGGGAAAGAACAGUAUUUCUCCUGCCUGGGAGACAUUAGCUACGUGGUUAUCGUUUUCAAGCGCCAUUUGCCAUCCACUGAUUUAUGGACUGUGGAACAAAACAGUGCGCAAGGAACUGCUAGGAAUGUGCUUUGGGGAUCGCUAUUACCGCGAGUCUUUUGUUCAGCGGCAUAGGACAUCAAGGCUAUUUAGCAUUUCCAAUAGGAUCACAG